AUGCGCUCUGCCCUCCCUCUCCAUGACGCGCAGCCAGAAUCAAACUAUACAGGCGAGACGCGCACAGACACAGGCCCAGAGAGGCGUGCCAACUCCGUGCGCUCUGGGGACCAGUCUGAUCCGAGCAAAAAGAGCACAAAGAAGAGCGAGGGAAAAGGGGAGAUAUUCUGGGGUCUGUGGACGCGAGAGAGGAUGCAGGGCCUGAGCUCUCGUGCGCACGCUUUCUCCGUGGAGGCGCUGAUGGGAAAGCCCUGUAAGAGGAUUAAACUGGAUGAACAGGAGUCAAGUUCAACUGAAGACACGGGCAGUGACUCCAGCCUCCUGAGCACCGGCCUGGAUACGUCCCCGGUGCGUGGUGCACUCAUGCUGCGGGCCUCUGCAGCCUCUCCGCGGGUCCAGACUGAGUGCUGUGACCCGGAUGGAGCAGGGGCACACAGGCACGAGCCCGGGCCGGAGGUGGAGCGCGUGCAGGGAGACACAGAGGUGCGCGUGGAGCUGCAGGGGUCCGAGCUGUGGAGGCGCUUCUACGAGAUCGGCACCGAGAUGAUCAUCACCAAAGCGGGCAGAAGAAUGUUUCCUUCUGUGCGCGUAAAAGUGCGCAACCUGGACCCGUGCCAGCAGUACUACGUGGCGAUGGACGUCAUGCCCGUGGACUCCAAACGCUACAGAUACGUGUACCACAGCUCGCAGUGGAUGGUGGCUGGAAACACGGACCACUCGUGCAUCUCCCCGCGCCUCUACGUGCACCCAGACUCACCAUGCGCGGGGGAGACGUGGAUGCGGCAAGUCAUCAGCUUUGACCGCGUGAAACUCACCAACAACGAGAUGGACGACAAGGGACAUAUUAUCUUGCAGUCCAUGCACAAGUACAAGCCCCGAGUGCACAUCAUCCGUCAGGACCCUCGUGUGGACCUGUCCCAGAUCCAGUCCGUGCCCGCGGAGGGAGUCCACAGCUUCUGCUUCAGCGAGACCGAGUUCACCACCGUCACCGCCUACCAGAACCAACAGAUCACCAAGCUGAAGAUCGACAGGAACCCCUUCGCCAAAGGCUUCAGGGACCCAGGGAGAAACAGGGGAGUUCUGGAUGGUCUGCUGGAGUCCUAUCCCUGGAGAGGACCACUCAGUCUGGACCUGAAGCCGUUCUCCAUGACGCUCCAAGGUCCCAUGUCCAGCGACCUCUCUCCUCUGAAGUCUCUCCUGCCGUUCUCAGCUCCCUCUCCUCUGAAGCCCUUCUCCCUGUUGCCCCUCUCCGGUCGGGACACCUCUCUCCCCCAGCUGUACCCCUGCACUAAAAGCAGCCCAGGCGGUUCUCUGUGCUCCCCGGCCUCGCCACUACCCCUCCGAUCGUUCUCCAACCUGCAUGGACCGGACCGAGUCUUCCCCCCCUCUCUCUCCGACCUGCCUUUGCUGUCGAUGCUGCACGGGAAGAAACACAGAGACUUAAGCGCGCCGUACAUUCUUCCAUUUUCCAAUCAUUUCACGUCGCAGGGCUCUUCUCUGCACCUCCCCGACGCCUUUGGGACUUACUGCUUGUACAGAUACAGCUUUCCCAUGAGCCUGACCCCACCUCCUAUUUCACGACAAAAGCUGGAAGACGAAGCCACGAACAAUGUCCAGACAAAAUGGCCACCGGCGUCCAAUCACUGCCUCUGA